AUGGAAUCGGUCGCUGACGGCACAACGCCGGCAGUACCUCCGACAGUCGGUCCCGUGGACAGCACUGCCUCGGUGACAAAUCCCAUCAAACGGAGAAUUGACAAACUCGUCGCCAGUAAAUUACAUAAUGAUCCCGAGUUUGUGAAAGUUGUGGACUAUGUGGCUCCUAUGGUGGAAAAUCUUGACAUACACACGGAACGUCGCCUUCUUCGAAAUUUAGAAAAGCAACAGAUGAAACUCAAUAGGGAAUAUUUGCAGGAGUUUGAAAAGUACUAG